UGGAUAUUGUAAUUCAGUUGUCUGAGAAAGCUCUAGUACCUUUAUAAACUUGACAUUAUAAAUUAGUUUGGAAAUUUAAUAUAUUACUGUGUGAUCUGCAUAUUGCUCAUAUAUAAAAAUUUAUUACUUUUGUUUAAUGAGUGUGAAAAUAUAUUUAAAAUAGAGUGUGACAGCAGGCAGUUUUGUAAACUCUUCAGUGUCAUGUUGAUGGCUAUAUAACAUACUGUGACAGUUCAGAAUGAAACCCAUAGUGACUUGUGCAGCCAGCUGUAACAAAUAAACAUGUUUUGCUGCCUACUAUCAUAUUAUGUUUACAGCACAGCAGACUGGCUGUUGUCAGAGAAGCUUGGAUGAAAACUUUUUGGUGAAAUGAUGUAACUGCUAAUGUGGUGAGAAUUAUCUUGGUAGUUUUAUUUCUCAUAAACUUGUGUCCUUUCAUCUGAUUGCUUGAUACGGAUUUCUAACUGUAUUUUACAUCUAAAUUAGUUACAAAACAAUAGCUGAAGUAGGGGCUGGCAGUUUUUUAAGGCUGCCUUUUUUUCCAUCCUCAAAUGAACCAGCACAAACUUUAAUCAGGACCUUGCCCCUGCCCAUGACUCCUUGAAAAUCACGUGGCAGUGAAUUGCAGCGAUAUGACUGCUGUUCUUUGCUGGUAGGUUUGGAUGCACACCAAGGCUGUUGGGGAGGUUGUUAUUGUUCCUGCCUACUGAGGACAUGGGCUGAGUUGUACUGCUGGUGUUAGUGUAAAUCCUGUGCUGCUGGCUGCAGAUCUGCCUCUGCCAUAAGUUGUGUGAAGUGCUGGGUGCCUGGAGCCUCCUUGAUGUCAGCUGGCACUUGAGGAUGCUUAGCGCUUAAACAGGGCAGCACAUACGCAUGCCAAGUCAUAAGCGGGAGGCUGUGGAGGUUUGGGGCGCGUGUCGUGUUCUCGUUGUGAUUCCCCUGGGGCUAUGGAGCAGUUGAUGUCCAUCAGCAUAUUAGGUGUUUCGGCUUGGAUGAGAGACUACCUGAAUAAUGUUCUCACUUUAACUGCAGAAACAAGGGUGGAAGAGGCUGUCAUUUUGACUUACUUUCCUGUGGUCCACCCGGUCAUGAUUGCAGUCUGCUGUUUCCUCAUCAUAGUUGGAAUGCUGGGCUACUGUGGAACAGUGAAAAGAAAUCUAUUGCUCCUUGUCUGGUACUUUGGAAGUUUGCUUGUAAUAUUCUGUGUUGAACUGGCCUGUGGUGUUUGGACCUAUGAGCAGGAAAUAACGGUUCCAGUGCAGUGGUCCGAUAUGAUCACGCUGAAAGCCAGGAUGACCAAUUAUGGCCUACCUAGGUACCAGUGGCUGACCCAUGCUUGGAAUUUCUUCCAGCGGGAGUUUAAAUGUUGUGGGGUGGUGUACUUCACAGACUGGCUGGAAAUGACAGAGAUGGACUGGCCGCCUGACUCCUGUUGUGUCAGAGAGUUCCCAGGAUGCUCUAAGCAGGCACAUCAUGAGGAUCUCAGUGACCUUUAUCAGGAGGGAUGCGGUAAAAAAAUGUACACUUUUUUGAGAGGGACGAAGCAAUUGCAAGUGCUGAGAUUUCUAGGAAUCUCUAUUGGAGUAACGCAGAUCCUGGCUAUGAUCCUCACUAUUACUUUGCUGUGGGCUCUGUACUAUGACAGAAGGGAUCCUGGGGCGGAUCAGAUCAUGGCCCUGAAGAGUGAUACCUCGCAGCAGCUGUCAUGUCAUUCCGUGGAGCUAGUGAAACCAAGCCUGACAAGGAUCUUUGAACAUACAUCCAUGGCAAACAGCUUUAAUACACACUUUGAAAUGGAAGAGCUGUAGGUGAUGCAAUGAAUCUGAGAAGUCACAAAGAGUUUUAAUAGGUUUUUGUUGUUGUUUUCAUUCUGUUCCAUCAAGUAUGCCAAAUACACCAGUCUUUGUAUGCUUCAGAAAACAGCUAAUGAAUGGAAGUGAAGGAGGCCAGCAUAGAAAGGAUAAGCCUGUCAGCCUCUUAGCCAUGGCCUCAGCCAUGAAGCAGAGUUGAUUUUGUUUGUUUGUUUUUUAAAAGGCACUCAUUCACUGGGCACAGUAGUAUUUAACUUAUUGUCACAAGCUGUGUGAUGUGUAAAAUACUGAUUCGUUCACAGGUAGACAGACAGAACCUCUAAGGAAGCAUCAUGGGAAAGGAAGAGAAAUAUUCGUCUUCUGAAGAAAUGAGUGUGCUUUGGACAAACAAAAUGUGACUUCAGUUGAAAUUGACUUUCACAUUUUUAAUAAGCCAUUUGGAAAAUGUCUUAAUCAGGGAUCUAUGUAUAUAUAAUUGUGUGUUUUUGUGUGUGCAUGGAAAGCAGAACUACAAUUCAAGUCAAUACUUGGAUUUAAAAAUUUGCAAGAGUUGUAAAAAGGGUGAGAUUUUCUUUUUUCUAACAAAACCUUUAUCCUAGCUGUUGUUGUUAAAGAUGUUCUAAAACUUCUAUUUUUAUCUAACAUAACUGUUUAAUUUUUAAUUUUAAAUAUAAUAAACAGGGAUUGAAAACAAAACUACAACUCUGGACAAUAGACUUUAAUUUUCUGAGUAAUUCUGGAGAAUUCUUUUUUGAAACAGUUUGUUCUAUGGACUAUUUCUUAGUGAAAAGAAAGAAAACCUUAAAAAUUAUUUCCAAAGUGGGAAUCAAUAUAGGAGUAGCACAUUUUUAUAGAUAAAUCUUUUCUCCUGUCUGUGAUUCCCCUGAAGGUAGAAAGAAAGGACUACAAGGAAAAUGCUUACAGUUCUGGAUGCUAUUGCAAUAAUUGUAAAAGUACAUAAGGAGAAAUUAUACUUUGACGGUUUCUUCAUUAAGAGCUCUCUAGUGGCUUAAAAUGCCAACUAGAAACAGCGUUAAAGUGUAUUUAUUGAGGUGGGGGAAGUGCAUUUUACUGUAUUUUUAUGAACAAUGUUUAUAUCAUAGGAUUAUUUUUACAAUUGGCCACGCUCCUGAAAUAUAUAUUUGUUCCACUGAGUACAGUAGUUUGUGGCAAAUGGGUUUUUACAUAAUAUUACAUUUUAAAAAUUCUUUCAUUUGUUUUGGAAUAUGUAAAAGAAAAAAAAAAGCAAGGUGUGAUUUGGUAGACAAUAAAAUUACUUUUGUCUUAAAUUCCAUAA